CGCUGCAGUACCCGCGACCCGAGCGGCCGCAUCGCUCGUCCCCCGCGUAUCCUCAAACCACGUCAUGUACCGAACUAUAUACGAACACACAACACUAUAACAAAAAAAAAAACAACACCAAAAGUGACUCAAAGUGACAAAAAAAAAGUUCAGUGACAAACCAAAAACGAUAACACACCACAAUGGGCACCAUGUUCCGCAGCGAGGAGAUGGUGCUGUGCCAGCUGUUUGUGCAGCCGGAGGCCGCGUACGUCUCCAUGUACGAGCUCGGAGAGGCGGGCAUAGCACAGUUUAGAGAUUUAAACCCUCACGUGAACGACUUCCAAAGGCGCUACGUGAGCGAGGUGCGCCGCUGCAGUGAAAUGGAACGCAAGCUGCGCUGGGUGGCCGGCGAGCUGCCUGAACCGCCGCCCCCGCCCAAACCCGACAGAUGCAGUCUCAGUCCCAGGGAGAUUAAUAUACUUGAGGAAAGGAUCGACUUCAUCGAAUCAGAAAUCCAGGAGAUAACUCGAAACGCACGCAACCUCAAGAGCGAUUACCUGUCACUUAUAGAGUUAAAAACGUUGAUCGAAAAGAUGCAGACAUUUUUCCAAGACCACAGCGCCCAACGGAAGAUCUCAGCGUCAGUACAAAUAUAUAACAACGAUGCGGUGUUAGGCCAUCUUGGAUUCAUAGCUGGGGUUGUCACCACGGCGAGAAUACCGGCCUUUGAGAAAAUGCUGUGGAGAAUAUCCCAUGGCAACAUCUUCUUUAAGCAGGCGCAAAUUGAUGAGCCUUUGAAGGAUCCUAUUACAGGUCACGAACUUCAGAAGACAGUGUUCGUGGUGUUCUUCCACGGCGAGCAGAUCAAGCUCCGCGUGAAGAAGGUCUGCCAUGGCUUCAAGGCCACCCUGUACCCGUGUCCUGCUACAUAUAAGGAUCAGUUGGACAUGCUUGCUGGAGUUGGCACCAGGAUCAAGGAUUUGGAAAUGGUGCUAGAACAAACAGAGAACCACCGUCGCCUAGUUUUGACGAACAUCGCUCGAGACAUCAGCACAUGGAUGGUAGCCGUCCGCAAGGAGAAAGCCAUCUACCACACGCUGAACAUGUUCAGUAUGGAUAUUGUGAAGAAGUGUCUGAUUGCCGAGUGUUGGGUGCCGAGGAGAGAUCUGACUGUGGUGCAAAAGGCGCUGGAGAAUGGCGUGAAAGCAAGUGGCAGUCCCAUCCCAUCGAUCCUACACUAUGUACCAACACACGAGACACCUCCGACCUUCAACAGGACGAACAAAUUCACAAGGGGUUUCCAGAACCUGAUUGAUUCCUAUGGAAUUGCCAGCUACAGAGAAGUCAAUCCAGCAUUAUACACGAUCAUAACAUUCCCGUUCCUGUUCGCCGUGAUGUUCGGGGACGUCGGCCAUGGCAUCAUCAUGACAGCCUUCGCCGCCAUCCUAGUCAUUUACGAAAAGAAAUUCUCCAAAGUCCAGACAGACAACGAAAUAUGGAACAUAUUCUUCGGCGGACGAUACAUCAUUCUUCUAAUGGGAAUAUUCUCCAUCUACACUGGGCUUAUAUACAAUGACAUGUUUUCAAAAUCGCUGAAUAUAUUUGGAACCAGUUGGCGGAAUGUCUAUGAAGAUGGUGUACUGCAGAAUCAUACUAUGUUAGAAUUGGAUCCUAAGACGGCUUAUACACAAACGCCUUAUCCGUUUGGGUUGGACCCUGCUUGGCAGUUCGCAUCAAACAACAUAAUUUUCCUAAACUCAUUCAAGAUGAAACUGUCGAUCAUAUUCGGUGUGAUCCAUAUGGCGUUCGGUGUAACAAUGAGUGUGGUAAACUUCAACUUCUUCAAGAAGCAAGAGAUGAUAUUCCUGCAGUAUAUACCGCAGAUUUUAUUUUUGCUGCUGCUGUUUUGGUACCUGUGCUUGCUGAUGUUCAUGAAGUGGAUUAUGUACUCGGCAGUGGCCGAAGACCCAGCAUCAGGCACGUCCUGCGCUCCAUCAGUGCUGAUCAUCUUCAUCAACAUGAUGCUACUAAAGAGCUCUGAAGACAAGCCUCCCUGUCGUGCGAUGAUGUACGAUGGUCAGGAUCAAGUGCAGAAGACUUUCCUAGCUAUAGGAUUCCUGUGUAUACCAGUUAUGCUGUUUGGAAAACCGGUGUAUAAGAUGAUUAUGGCUAAGAAACGGAAGCAAUACCAACAAGGUGUGGAGACAGGCGAGGAGGUGGAGAAGGAAGGUCAUGAUGGUGGCAUGGCGGAGGAACUCAUCACGCAGUGCAUCCACACCAUCGAGUACGUGCUUGGCGCCGUCUCUCAUACAGCGUCGUAUCUGCGCCUGUGGGCGUUGUCGCUGGCUCAUGCACAGCUAUCAGCAGUCCUCUGGCAGCGAGUCCUGAUCAUGGGUAUGGGAUACCCAGGCGUGAACUCGCUAAAGCUGUACGUGAUAUUCGCGGUGUGGGCGUUCUUCACGCUCGCCAUACUCGUGCUCAUGGAAGGCCUGUCUGCCUUCCUACAUACGUUGCGGUUGCAUUGGGUGGAAUUCAUGAGCAAAUUCUACGAAGGUCAAGGGUAUGCGUUCGCGCCAUUCUGCUUCACCGACAUCCUAGAAAAUGAGGACGAUGAGCGCAAAGCAGCCGCCGAGACCAAUGGCGGUCCACCGGAGUGACCUCAAGACUAAUUAGGAUAAGUAGCCCAUGGAGAACAAAAUGAAUAGCGGAGAUGCCAUAACGGAAAAUCUCCUAAGAAAGAAGUGCGCUAAAAUGCGCGCCGUCGGAACGAGAAACAUUACUAGGUCCGCCUUUACAAGCCUUCUUUGGAACCCGCCCAUUUUUUGCAACACAAAAUGCGUUGACAGCUGUCCUAAAGAACGAGAUCCUCUCAUUAGUUCACUAGUGACUGAUCGUGUUGGUCAGGCCCGCCGUACUUUGACCUAGAAGAAGGCGCCUGACCUACCUGUAUUAUGGCAUCUCCGCUCAUCUUUCCAUACUCCGUGAAGUAGCCACUCAUACCGCCUGAGAAGGUGUUCGGCUAUGCUGGUGAUGUUGGAGCUAGGUGUAUUGUCAGUCGCAAUGUGUUAAAUCACCUUUGUUGUUUUGGUGUCAAAUUGGGUGGGCAAUUUUUUUUUGAGUUUGAUGAUUGAUGAAGUCCAAAAGUUGUUGAUGUUAAAGAAUGUGUUUUGUGUUUAACAGAGGAGUCAAAUAAUUGUACAAGUGCCUUAAAGACACUAGUAAGCCAUAAAACUAGUCGCCUCCAAAGAGAUAAUUCAAAUUCUAGCAUAUUUUACGAACUAAGAACUUUUGUGAACGGGAUACGCGACUGGCAUACAACAGCUUCCAACAUUAAAAUUAGCUCUCGGAUAUUAUCAUUUACGUACAAAACAAAAUUUUAGAUAACUUAGAAACUUAGUCUUUCUGAAUUUGUUGCUAGAUUUUUCAGAAUUGUAAGUAGAGUAGGUGAAAUUUUAUAAUACAAUGACAGACAGGAAUAAGAACACCCUGUAUUUUAAGACAAUAUUAAAAAAAAAUAUCUAUCGACACGAAAUAACUAUUAUCAAACAAUAAAAUUGACUUUCAGAAUACUCCAAAAAUCUACAAAAUUGUCUCUAAAUACAGGAUGUGAACAGAUGAAUGGUUCUAGCAAUUCCGAAAUAAACUAUGUAAUUUCGGAGUCUUUUAGUACAAAUUCGGAAUAAAAGACAUCAAUAAUUGAGUCAUGUGACGUGUGACAUGAACGAAGAGAUAUGAUAGUAUUCACUUAUGUUAUAAAUCACAAUACAAUAUUCUUUAAAUAUUUAAACUUUAGGCUAAGCGAAUGAUAUAUUUUUAUUUGUUUAAGUAAGUUUAAUGGACCGUUCGAUACGCCCUUGCUCUUUGAAAAUGCCGAAUUUAAAUAUGGUUAAUAUUUUAGUUUGAAUCACAGGAAACAGUUAUCGGCCUACCCCAUUAUUUAAAUGAGAAUCAUAAUAUAACUGACCUGCAGAACUUUCAAUAAAUAAGGAUGGGGGCAAAGCUAAUCAACUUCAUGAUAGAACGUCGAUAGACGACAAAACAUCAAUCGAUUUUUUUUCUGACAAUCACAUCUAUACAAAGAUGUCUGUUGAAUAUACUGAAGUUACUGUAGAGAUGAGCUCAAUAUGCAUUCUUUGUCAACAAAACCUAAAGAGACUCAUUGCGAUAACUAACCGAGAAACAAAUACAGAUACAGUCAGUAAUUAGUUCAAGGUAAAAAGAUCAUCGUACAUUCGAAAAUAGACGAGUGAAUUAGAGCACGGAGCGAGCGCGUACGAACGACAAUUUAAGUAUAUCUUAUUUUUAGCCAAAGAUACGUUUUCUUUAAAUUAUAUUACAGCAUGUUUGUUGAGCGAUUGUUUCUCGUGUAAAUAUUACUAUAGUGCCUUCAAAACGAGCGAACUAUUAAGUAUUCACUCUUUAAAUAUUAUAAGGAAUGUUCCAUCUUUGUAAUUUUUAGUAAAUCGCAUGGAUAGUGAUAAUUAAUAUAAUUUUGUAGAAGAGAUGUGUUCACUAGUGUCACUGGUUCGAUUACAACAAACGAAUGAAAUAAAUCGAUUAGAACAGUCGACUAGUUGGUACAUCUCUAAUUAGUCACUUCGCUAAAGAUUCGGACAAAAAUCUGAUCUUAUUUUGAUGGUAUUUUAAAUAAUUUUAGACACCUGGCUUUUGUUAAAAGUCGGGAUGAUCAAUGUGAAACAAAGAUAUUUAUUUUAAUAAUCAUAAUAUUAUAGUUGGAUAUUAUAUUUUUUCUUGUUAGUUAUUUUUUAUUAUUUUGUUACUAACCUAACGGACCAAUUCGUGGCCUUAACAUAUUAUGAGACAUAUCAAUUUAUGAGUGAAAUCAAACUCUACUGUAUGAAACUUUGUAUAAGAGCUUUAUUAAAAUCCUUUAUCUACACGUUAACCAACGGCACGAUACGGCUACAUUUUACACUGAAAUAUUUACGCAGACAAACAGAUAAAUUUAUAACUACACUAUAAUACGCCAUUCCUCAAUAAACAGAUUUUGACCAUU